UAAGAAAAAAGCACUAAACACGUGUGGUGGCUACAUAGUUCUAUUUAUCACCGCUUCGGCGGAAGUGAUGCAUGACGCACUGACGUGGCCGGAAACCCGCCAUCUUGAGGGAGGAAACGCCUUGAAGUUGAGGAGGAAACUUGAACUAGGAGCGAGAGAGGCGUCUGUCAAACAUGGGCAACAUAUUUGCAAACCUCUUUAAAGUCUUCGGUAAGAAGGAGAUGCGAAUUCUGAUGGUGGGUCUCGAUGCUGCUGGAAAGACGACGAUUCUGUACAAGCUGAAGCUGGGGGAGAUUGUCACCACCAUCCCGACGAUCGGUUUUAAUGUCGAAACUGUGGAGUACAAGAAUAUAAGUUUCACGGUUUGGGACGUCGGUGGGCAAGAUAAGAUUCGACCAUUGUGGCGCCAUUAUUUCCAGAACACACAAGGUCUGAUCUUUGUGGUUGACAGCAACGACAGAGAGCGUGUGAAUGAAGGGCGAGAGGAGCUGAUGAGGAUGUUGGCUGAGGAUGAGCUCAGGGAAGCAGUUCUGCUCGUGUUUGCCAACAAACAGGAUCUACCGAACGCCAUGAACGCUGCCGAAAUCACGGACAAGCUGGGGCUGCAUUCGCUCCGGCACAGGAACUGGUACAUUCAGGCCACAUGCGCCACAAGCGGCGACGGCCUCUAUGAAGGACUCGACUGGUUGUCCAAUCAACUGAAAAACCAGAAAUAACAACCUUAGUUCUUCCUUAGUUUGAUAUUCUCAGCACUUGCUUUAUUCUUUUGUUUUUAAACAAACGGUGCUGGAAGCUGCGCUCAUUUCAAACCCCAUUAACACGGAAGAAUAGGGCCCUACAGUCAAAGUGUUGCUCUCUCGUUUAAUGUAAAUAGUUUUUUGUUUUGAGGCAGCUUUUUGAGCACCAUUAUGCAAAAUAGAUUUAGCCUUUCGUUGUUUAUUCCUGUCUUUUUUUUUUUCCCCCGUUCUUACUGCCCGAGUCAUUGGAGAGAGUUUCAAGUAAACUCUUGUCAGGUCUCAUUUGAAUCUUGCACAUGUAUUAUUUUAUUGUGCUUAUGAUAAGACUCUUUCUUAGACGUACUGUAAACGAAGCUGUUAUGUUUGUCUUGGACGGAGUACAGGAAAUCAAACAUUACAGACACUACCUGCACAUAUAACGGUUCAAUUUUGAGGAAAAGAAACCAAAAACGAUUACACUGUCUUCUCAGCCUCUAGCUUUACUGUCAUGAAGCUUUAGGAGCUGUAGAGUUAUGAAGUCAGCAACACAAAGAUAUUUCUGUUAUGAGAUUCCCAAUACACAACAGAUGUUUUGUUGUGAGUAUGUGGGAGAAAAGUUGGCGUGGCUCAGGUUAAUCAAGGUUUGUAGGAGGGUGAAGUAAUACAUUCAGGCACGUAACAGUAAUGAGAUUUUUUAUUUUUAGAGGACUGGAGGUUGUUUCAUGAAAACAAUGUGACGAUAUAAUUUUUUUUUUGCAAAAAUAGGUCUCAUUUUCUAUAUGCAAAAUGUUGUUUAUUUUAUUUAUGGGUGGUGAAAUGUGUCCUGAACACUUUUUUUUUUUAUUUUUUUUUUUUUUUUAUUUACCCAUAAAGAGAAACUGAAAGAUUGGUUUUAUGCACCUAGCGUUAAAAUUCAUGUUGUUUUGACACUCUAUUUAAGUGUUACUUUCUAUUUCUUAUUUGGGACUCCUAAUCUAACCACCCAUUUGAAUAAACAACAGUCUCAUCUAACCACAUACUACAACUUGAUCUCUAAAAAAAAAAAUGAUUUGUGCAUUUUUAUUGUUUUAGGACAUAACGCAAAACAUAUCUCCAGAGUGUUGGCAUGUUAAUAUCAACGAGCUUUCUGUUGUGCAUGUAGAUGUCAUUUUUCCCCAGACUAGCCGUGGUGCCUUUAUGACAAACAGAGACUCCCGUUUCAGAUUAAUAAUCUUAAUGUUCAAUGUUAAACAAUGUUAGGGCUGAUGGUUUUAAAGUUACUUUAUUAUUUAUCUUUUUUUCUCUCUCUCUCUUUCCCAGUUAACUUCUAAUUUGGUAGACACAGAUUACUUUGGGUCAAAUUAUGUGAAUCUCUUAGCAAAAUGAUGUAUAAUGUGACUCUUAACCUAUGUUUUUUUUUUUGUUUUGUUUUGUUUGGUUUGUUUUUUUAAUUUUGACAUGCACUGUAAUUAAAGAUACUAGUAUAACUGGA